CUUUAUUUAAACUUGUGAUCUGAAGGUUUCUCUUGGGAAGUUUUCUUGAAUUAUUUUGUUGAUGGUUUCCACCCCCUUCAUCAUCAUCAUCAUUAUUAUUAUUAUUAUUAUUAUUAUUAUUAUUAUUUUCCUUAUACUGGGCCUUGGAAUGGUUCCCUAAUUCUUGGUUUCUUCUCUCUUAUUUUUACAUAUGCUUGUUCGUACAUAUCUGUGAUAGACAACUACAUUUUUUAAGUAGGGUAAUGAAAUCGUGCUUAUUUUAUUCAUUCUAACCACAAAAGCCUGGUAGUUUUAAAUUGGCAGUUGUGAUAGAAUAGAGAGUUUUGUUUAAAAGGUAGAAUUCCCUGUGAUGGCUAUCUAGAUUGAAGAGAUGGAAACUUUUGCCUUUGACUCCUGGUGAGCUACUAUAACCUAGGUAAUUGUUAGAUGGGCAGCCUCGUGAGUGCUAAGAGGAGCCUUUGUUCCUUAAACUCCUUGGCUCAAUUUUUUUCUGGGGACUUGGUUUAGAGGGCUCACCACUUUUGUUUUGUUUUGUUUUGUUUUGUUUUACCGACAGGUUAACUCAGUCAAGCUCUAAGCUCUGUGAUGCAUUCUAAUCCAUCGAAUCUAUUGAUUUCUCACAGUGCUUAUUCUUUGUUCUUAGAAGCUAUCAUUUGAUCUCAUAUUGUCAUAUUGUAUAGUGAGUUCAUUUCUUUCAACAAAAUUGUAGAUUCUUUGAGGACAGGACCUAUGCCUUUUAUUUUUCUGUCUUCCUUGGUAUAAGUACUUCAUGAACUGUUUUUGUUAGGUUGGGUGUGGUUUGUUUGGUGGUGGUGCAAGUGGGUAAAUAAGAGGAGUAAAUGGUAGGUGGGUAAGGAAGCUAGGACUGAUUUUCUUGUGUCUUUGGCAGUACGGUAGCCCAGCUUUGCAGAAUCCCAGUAUUUGCUAGUUUGCCACUGAGCUGGAAUUUAUUCUUUAAGUUACAGAGCAUCCCCAUUAGUGGGUUUGGGAUACUUUUAACUCAGCUCUUCACUUUAUUACUAAAUGGCUUUUUUAUUUUGAAAGGAAAAUAAAUGAUUGAUGCCUCUUUCUGAUUUUUUUACUGUCUUCUAUCAUAUAAAAAUAACAUACAGUUAUUUGCCUUUUGCAUGACAUUAUUAUUCAUUAAUAUUUAAUGCUAGGAUGUAGACCACCACACCAUCACUUGCCAUAGCUUUUUAAGCUCUUGGAUUGAAAGUAAAGGUAGUAAAUUAUCAUUUGAAAUUGUAAGAACACCAUUUGCAACUACGUGGAUGGAACUGGAGGGUAUUAUGCUAAGUGAAAUUAGUCAGAGAAAGACAAAAAUCUUAUGACUUCACUCAUAUGAGGACUUUAAGAGAGAAAACAGAUGAACAUAAGGGAAAGGAAACAAAAAUAAUAUAAAGACAAGGAGGGAGACAAAACAGAAGAGACUCAUAAAUAUGGAGAACAAACUGAGGGUUGCUGGAGCGGUGUGGGAGGGGGGAUGGGCUAAAUGGGUAAGGGUCAUUAAGGAAUCCUGAAAUCAUUGUUUCACUAUAUGCUAACUAAUUUGGAUGUAAAUUUUAAAAAAUAAAAAAUAAAAUUAAAAAAAUGAAGUUGUAAGAACAAGAAGAUUCAUUAGGUUUUAUGCAUUUAUUUUAAAGUACCAGCAUAUCUAUUUCUUUAAAAAAGUAUUUUGGACAGUAAGGAAGGGUUUGUCACUACUUGCCUUAGAUGAGUAAAAAUCCUUUUUAAUAUCACAAUUAAAAUCGGUGUUUAACUACCAGGGUUCCAUCUUGCGUACAAUAUCCAAAGAUAGUAUCUAACUAUUUAAAUUAAGUCUACUUCUUACUGUCUUUUUCGGGUGGAGAUAUCACGGAUUAUUUCAUUUUGCGCAGUUUGGUGACAGACCACAAACAUUCCUUAUUGGGUUAUAUUGGUCAAGAGCUAGAAAAUUAAGAGAAGGACUUAGUGGUGGUAUUUUGAAGGGUUGGUAAAGAUUUGGUUUGUAUAUUCAGAAUUCCUUUCCUCUCUUAAAGGAUUUCUUUAACGUAAGAGACAUAUAAACACGAAGUUAAAAUUGAUUUGUUAUAUACUUCCAUCCUAUAUUUUCUUGAGGUCAACCAUCUAUGACUUUUAGUGGUCAGUGCUACCUUGCUGAUUGUCUUCUUUCUCUGCUUUUGUCUCUGCACCAGACUUGAUCGCUCUUUUUCAACUCUGGGAAACUUACUUUAAUUUUCUUGUUUUUUCCCCUCAGGGCUUUAGUAGGUGACUAAUUUGCUAAUACCUGAAAAUCUAAUCCUGAAUUUUAAUUGGUUGAUAUUACCUCUUACAGGGAUACUUAGAUUUAAGAGUUGUAUUUGAUUUGAGGAAAUGAGGUUGAGGGGAAAAUGUGAGCAAAAACCAAAGUAGCACACUUGAGAAGGAGAAUAAAAAAAGAAACUGGCUUCAUUAGCGUGUAUGAUACAUGUUGAAGAACUGAGGUUUGGUAAGUAAUGUAGAAUUAAUUGUGAAUUCCAGGUUCACCAUUUCAUUUCAUUGCAUUGCAUUUAUUUUUCCAGAAAAUAAAUGUUUAAAAACUUUUAAUCCCAGUACAAUAACAUAGAACAUUAUAUUAGUUUCAGGUGUACGAUAUAAUGAUUCAACAAUUAUAUACAUUACUCCGUGCUCGUCAUAAUAAGUAUACUCUUAAUCUCCUUCACCUCUUUCACCUGCCCUCCCCCCCACCUCGCCCCCCCACCAUCCGCUUCUUCUCUGGUAACCACCAGUUUGUUCUCUGUAGUUAACAGUUCAUUUUUUGUUUGUUUGUCUCCUUUUUUUUCUUUGUUUAUUUGCUUUGUUUCUUUAAUUCCACAUAUGUGUGAAAUCAUAUGGUAUUUACCUGUCUCCGGUUGACUUCUUUCACUUAGCAUUAUAUCCUCUAGAUCCAUCCACGUUUUUGCAAAUGGCAAGAUUUUAUUCUCUUUUAUGGCUAGGUAAUAUUCCAUUGUGUGCACGCAUACAUGUGUGCAUGUGUGUGUGUAUCUUAUAUCUUCUUCAUCCAUUCAUCUGUUGAUACACACUUGGGUUGCUGCCAUAAUUUGGCUAUUGUAAAUAAUGCUGCAAUAAACAUAGUGGUGCAUACAUCUUUUCGAAUUAGUGUUUUUGUAUUCUUUGGGUAAAUACCCAGUAGUGUGAUUACUGGAUUGUAGGGUGGUCCUAGUUUUAAUUUUUUGAGGAACCUUCAUACCGUUGUCCACAAUGGCUGCACCAGUUUGCAUUCCCUCCAACAGGUUCCUUUUUCUCCACAUCCUUGCCAACACUUGUUUCUUGUGUUGUUGAUUUUAGCCAUUCUAACAGUGUGAUAUCUCUUUAUAAUUUUGAUUUGCAUUUCUCUGAUGGUUAUUGAUGUUGAGCAUCUUUUCAUGUGGGCUAUCUAUAUGGCUUCCUUGGAGAAAUGUCUGUUCAUGUUUCUGACCAUUUUUAAUUGAAUUAUUUGGGAUUUUUUUGGUGUUGAGUUGUAUGUUUUUUACGUAUUUUAGAUGAUAACUCCUUAUUGGAUAUGUCAUUUGCAUAUAUCUUCUCCCAUUUAGUAGGUUGCCUUAGUUUUAUUUUUUCCUUUGCUGUGCAGAGAUUUUAAUUUUGAUGUAGUCCCAAUAGUUUAUUUUUGUUUUUGUUAUCCUUGUCUUAAGAGAAGUUACUGCCUAUAUGUUCUCUUCUAGGAAUUUUAUGGUUUCAGGUCUCACAUUUAAGUCUUUAAUCCAUUUUGAGUUUAUUUUUGUGUAUGGUGUAAGAAAGUGGUCCAGUUUCAUGCUUUUACAUGUAACUGACCAGUUUUCCCAGCACAAUUUGUUGAAGAGAUUCUCUUUCCCAUUGCUUAUUCUUGCCUCCUUUGUCAUAGAUUAAUUGACCAUAUAAUCAUGGGUUUUUUCUAGGUUUCUCUUUUCUUUUCCAUUGAUCUGUAUAUCUGUCUUUGUGCUAGUACCAUACUGUUUUGAUUUCUUCAGCUUUGUAGUAUAUCUUGAAAUCUGGAUCGUGAUACCUCUAGUUUUGUUCUACAUUUUCAAGAUUGUGUUGUCUAUUCAGGGCCUUUUCUGGUUCCAUACAAAUUUUAGGAUUAUUUGUUCUAGUUUUGUGAAAAAUGCUGUUGGUAUUUUGACAGGGAUUGCAUUAAAUCUGUAGAUUGCCCUAGGUAGUUUGGACAUUUUAACAAUAUUUGUUCUCCCAAUCUCUGAGCAUGGACUAUCUUCCAUUUGUUAUGUCAUCUUCAAAAUUAUCAGUGUUUUAUAGUUUUCAGAGUAUAGAUCUUUUGCCUGUUUGGCUAAGUUUAUUCCUAGGUGUUUUGGUAUUUUUGGUGCAAUUGUAAAUGGGGUUGUUUUCUUAAUUUUUAUUUCUGCUACUUCAUUGUCUAUAGAAAUGCAAUGGAUUUCUGUAUAUUAAUUUUGUGUCCUGAGACCUUAUUGAAUUCAUUUAUCAGUUUUAGUAGUUUUGUGGUGGAGUCCUUCACCAUUUUAAUGGUCUUUAUGUAGGCAUUACUGUUUAUGGUUUCUUAAGUAGGCAAAUGACAUGAUAUUCCAAACAGUAUUUGGGGAAAUUACUCUAUGAAUAGUGUGUGGCCGGUGACAUAUGGGACCUUUUUGGCCUAGUCCAGUGAAGUACAAUCAGAUUUGACAGAAUGGAGGGAGUCUAGAAGAGACACUGCUAAGUGAGCCUGUCAGUAAAUAACAGGUGGUAAUUCAUUAGAGCAUGCAUCAUCAGAGGAGUCCAAUAGUAUGUUUAUAAAAGAUAGAUGAAGCACAGGACAAGGCAAGCUCGUGCUUGUCAUUCUAAGGUAGACAUUUGGCCCACCCUGUAGGGGUGGGGAGAGGGGCAGUAGAGCAGAGAAGAAGGAGCCAAAUGGCCUUAGGCCUAGAAAGUCCAGGGUGCUAGAUAGUUUAUGAAAGGCUUAUUUUCAUUCUCCCUUCCUUCUUUCCUUCUUAGACACCUGUUAAAUGUGAACCAUUGUGCUAGGAACUGGGGUUAUAAAUAAGGGAUGGUCUUUGUCCUCAGGGGUUCACAAUCAAGUCAGACUGAUACAGAGGGUGAAUAAUGAUGUUAUAGACGAAAAGUUAUAAAAAAUGUAUAAAAUUUAUUAAAAAGAUCCAUAGGAGCAUUGAGAAGGGAACAAAAGAGAAACCAGAGAGAAGCUCAGUUGUCAGAGCCAAGGAGUUAGGUCAGGACAAGUCGAAGCGGCAAGGGUGAAUGGUUGAUGACAUCUAGAGUAUUGUGGUGGUUAGAGCUCCAUAAAUGUUUCCUGCUGAGCCUGAGGAGAAAGUGAGGGGGGUUUGAGUCUUUAGGUGAUAAGUAAGUGGCACCAGUAAUAUAGAGAGAAAGGAUAUAGUGGCAGGGAACGAACAAGGGCUUUAAAGUAUUUGGGAAACAUGACGCAAAAGGACUCCAGAUAAAUGGCUCUAUGACAUAGUGAUGUCCUAGGCCAAGGUAGGAAGUCCCAGGAGUGGACGGAGAGGAGAUGGACAAAAGAUAAGAAUUGACAAUUCGCAAGAAAGAAAACCUAAGCAAUAAAGAGAUGAAAAGAUGCUCAACCUUACUAGUAAUAAAGAAACUCAAAAUAUAUAGCAAAACACUGUUUCAUACCCAUUGGAUUGGCAAAAACAAAAAUGUCUGACAGCUCCAAGUGUUGGUGAGGACAGAGAAAUGGGAACUUACUCAAGUCCUGAUAGCAGAAGUAUAAAUUGGUACAACCACUGUGGAAGGCAAUUUGUGCCUAUUAUUUAAUGAAGAGGCUAGCAGCCAUUUAUCAUUCUUUCUGUGUCAGGCCUUGUUUUAAGUGUAUGCUUUUAAAAAAAAAUAUUAUUUGAUUUAAUUUUUCUUUAACUUUCCCCUGAUUUUAUAGUUGAGGAAAUAGAGCUUAAGAGAGGUUAAAUAAUCUGUCCACACAGUCAAAAAAGUAGUGAAUAAAAGAGCUAGGAUUUUAGCUUAGAUCUGUCUCUUUCUAAAAUUUGUGUUCAUAUUCACUAACGAUAAUAGGAAGCAUAUAUAGAGCAUUUACUGUGUGCCAGGCAGUAUAUUUAAUAUUAGACAUACCUUACCUGAUUUACCUGUGUAGUAAUAACUCUUUGAGGUUAAGAAUUUUUGUUACCCAUCAUGUGGCUUUUAGAAAUUAAAUAACAAGCUAGCAAGUGAAAAAGCUGUAUUUAAUUCCAGUGAUCUUGACCACAUGAACUUUUCUUCCACAUCAUAUUGAAGGAUCCAGAGGUGUAGGAUAGACUACAGGUAUAUUUUGACCCGGAUUCUCUUUUUUUCCCCCCUCUCAGUUUUACUGAGAUAUGUAUAAUUGACAUAUAACUUUGUAUUAUAUACAACAUAAAGAUUUGAUACAUGUAUAUACUGCAAAAUAACCACAAGUUUAGUUUAGUUUAUCACCUCACAGUUUUUCUUUCUUGUGAUAAGAACUUUUUUUUUUAACUUUGAGGGUUUUUUUUUUUUUUAAGUUUAUUUAUUUAUUUUGAGAAAGCAUGUGGAAGGAGCAGCCAGAGAGAGAGAAUCCCAAGCAGGCUUUUGCACCAUCAGUGUGGAGCCAAAAUGAGGGGCUUGAACUCACGAACCGUGAUUUGUUUCCAUGUCUUGGCUAUUAUAGGGAAAGACCAUGUUUGUAGAUUUAUUGGCUGUGGGAGGAAUGAUCGAUUCAACUAUGUGGUCAUGCAGUUGCAGGGUCGGAAUCUGGCAGAUCUACGCCGUAGCCAGUCCCGGGGCACAUUCACCAUUAGCACUACUCUUAGGCUGGGGAGACAGAUUCUGGAGUCUAUUGAGAGCAUCCAUUCCGUGGGAUUCUUGCACCGAGACAUCAAACCAUCAAACUUCGCCAUGGGUCGCUUUCCUAGUACAUGUAGGAAAUGUUACAUGCUUGAUUUUGGCUUGGCUCGACAAUUUACCAAUUCCUGUGGUGACGUCAGACCACCUCGAGCUGUGGCAGGCUUUCGAGGGACAGUUCGUUAUGCGUCAAUAAAUGCUCACCGAAACAGGGAAAUGGGAAGACAUGAUGACCUUUGGUCCUUAUUCUACAUGUUGGUGGAGUUUGUGGUUGGUCAGCUGCCUUGGAGAAAAAUAAAGGACAAGGAGCAAGUAGGCUCUAUUAAGGAGAGGUAUGACCACAGGCUUAUGUUGAAACAUCUCCCUCCAGAAUUCAGCAUCUUUUUGGACCACAUCUCUUCUUUGGAUUAUUUUACAAAACCAGACUACCAGCUUCUGACAUCCGUGUUUGACAACAGCAUCAAGACCUUUGGAGUAAUUGAGAGUGAUCCUUUUGACUGGGAGAAGACUGGAACUGAUGGUUCCCUAACAACCACCACUACUUCUGCCACCCCUCAACUGCACACCCGUUUGACCCCUGCAGCAAUUGGAAUUGCCAAUGCCACUCCCAUCCCAGGAGACUUGCUUCGAGAAAAUACAGAUGAGGUGUUUCCAGAUGAACAGCUUAGUGAUGGGGAGAAUGGCAUCCCUGUUGGUGUGUCACCAGAUAAAUUGCCUGGAUCUUUGGGGCACCCACGUCCCCAGGAGAAGGAUGUCUGGGAAGAGAUGGAUGCCAACAGGAACAAGAUAAAGCUUGGGAUUUGUAAGGCUGCUACUGAGGAAGAGAACAGCCAUGGUCAAGUAAAUGGUAUUCUGAAUGCUCCAAGCCUUGGUUCACCGAUUCGUGUCCGCUCAGAGAUUACUCAGCCAGACAGAGAUGUUCCAUUGGUGCGGAAGUUACGUUCUAUCCACAGCUUUGAGCUGGAAAAACGUCUAACACUGGAGCCAAAGCCAGAUACUGACAAGUUUCUUGAGACCUGCCUGGAGAAAAUGCAGAAAGAUUCCAGUGCAGGAAAGGAAUCUAUUCUCCCUGCUCUGCUUCAUAAGCCUUGUGUUCCCGCUGUGUCCCGUGCUGACCACAUCUGGCACUAUGAUGAAGAAUAUCUUCCAGAUGCUUCUAAGCCUGCCUCUGCCAACACCCCUGAACAGGCAGAUGGCGGUGCCAGCAAUGGAUUUAUAGCAGUUAACUUGAGCUCCUGCAAGCAGGAGGUUGAUUCCAAAGAAUGGGUGAUUGUGGACAAGGAGCAGGACCUUCGAGAUUUUAGGACAAAUGAGGCUUUAGGCCAUAAAACAACUGGGAGCCCUUCUGAUGAGGAGCCUGAAGUACUUCAAGUCCUGGAGGAAUCGCCUCAAGAUGAAAAGCUCCUACUGGGUCCUUGGGCAGAAAGUGAUCAUUUAAAGAAAGAAACCUCAGGUGUGGUCUUAGCCCUUUCUGGGGAGUGUCCUGCCACUGCUGUUCCAGAACAGUAUACAGAUAGGCUAGAACUCCAGGCUGGAGCUGCUAGUCACUUUAUUGCAGUGACACCCACGAGUCCAAUGGAGGCACAAGCAGAAGGACCCCUCACAGCGAUUACAAUUCCUAGACCUUCUGUGGCAUCCACACAGUCAACUUCAGGAAGCUUUCACUAUGGUCAGCAGCCAGAGAGGAGAGACCUUCAGCCUGUUGAGCCCACUGUAGAACUUUACUCUCCACGGGAGAACUUCUCUGGCCUAGUUGUAACAGAGGGUGAACCUCCUAGUGGAGGAAGCAGAACAGACUUGGGGCUUCAGAUAGAUCAUAUUGGUCAUGACUUGUUACCCAGUAUUAGAGAGAGUAACAGAUCUCAAGACCUGGAACCAAAAGACCUCGCUGACCAUAACAGACUGGCUGUGAGAGAAUUUGAGAGUCUCCCUAGAGAAACCGAAGAGAAAAGCAUUCUUCUAGGAUCAGAUAAUGAAGAUGAGAAGUUAAGUAAAGGACAGCAUUAUAUUGAGAUCGCCUCUCUUCCAGGAGACUUGGUAACUGUGGAAAGGGAUCACUCAGCUACUACUGAACCUCUUGAUGUGACAAAGACACAGACUUUUAGUGUAGUGCCAAAUCAAGACAAAAAUCACGAGAUAAUGAAGCUUCUGGCAGUUGGAACUUCAGAAAUUUCUCCACGAGUCAUUGACUCACAUGUUGAAGGACAGAUAGGUCAGGUGGCAGCAAUGCAAAAAAGUAAGCUAUCUAAGGAUGAUGACAUCGGGAGUGAAGACUUGCUAGGUCAUCAGGGAGACGUGUCUACUUUUUUGCACCAAGAGGGUAAGAGAGAGAAAAUUGCCCCUAGAAAUGGAGAAUUAUUUCAUUGUGUUUCAGAGAGUGAACAUUGUCCCCCAUCCCGAAAGGAUGUGGUUAAGUCAUCUUUUGUAACUAGACACAGCCGAAUCCCUGUUUUAGCACAAGAAAUAGAUUCAACUUUUGAAUCAUCCUCUCCAGUCUCUGCAAAAGAAAAGCUCCUCCAAAAGAAAGCUUAUCAGCCAGACCUAGUCAGGCUUCUUGUGGAAAAAAGGCAACUCAAGUCUUUCCUUGGGGACCUCUCAAGUGCCUCUGAUAAAUUGCUAGAGGAGAGACUAGCUACUGUUCCUGCUCCCUUUUCUGAGGAGGAAGUCUUCACUCCCUUUUCAAGACUGGCUGUAGACUCGCACCUGAGCAGAUCAGCUGAAGACAGCUUUCUGUCACCCAUCAUCUCCCAGUCCAGAAAGAGCAAAAUUCCAAGGCCAGUUUCAUGGGUCAACACAGAUCAAGUUAGUACCGCAACUUCAUCUCAGUUCUUGCCUCGGCCACCACCAGGAAAGCCCCCUACAAGGCCUGGAGUAGAAGCCAGGCUCCGCAGAUACAAAGUCCUAGGGAGUAGCAAUUCCGACUCAGACCUUUUCUCCCGCCUGGCCCAAAUUCUUCAAAAUGGAACUCAGAAACCCCGGAGCACUACUCAGUGCAAGAGUCCAGGAUCCCCUCACAAUCCAAAAACACCACCCAAGAGUCCAGUUGUCCCUCGCAGAAGUCCCAGUGCCUCUCCUCGAAGCUCUUCCUUGCCUCGCACAUCUAGUUCCUCACCAUCGAGGGCUGGACGGCCCCACCAUGACCAGAGGAGUUCAUCCCCACAUCUGGGGAGAAGCAAGUCACCUCCCAGCCACUCAGGAUCCUCCUCCUCCAGGAGGUCCUGCCAACAGGAGCAUUGCAAACCCAGCAAGAAUGGCCUGAAAGGAUCCAGCAGCCUCCACCACCACUCGGCCGGCACUAAAGCCCCCCCAGGGAAGAGUAAGUCAGCCACUAAACUCAGCAGAUAGGAGCUGGGCUGCAUCUCUGGGAAAGGUGUGAGGUCUUCCUCCUAAACCUGAUGCAUGUGUGUCUUUGUACUGUCUAUUUAAAAAAUCAGUGUUGAUCUUCUCUUACAAAAGAAAGUAACAUAAAUUAUUUAUAAGAAGACAUAAAUAUAUGAUAAGGAAUUACCUAAGGCAGGCAGCAAGCAGAUCAGGAAUCCAUGCCUUUGCAUAGGAAGGGGCAAUCCAGCAAAAUCCAAGGGGGAGAUUAAAUGAACUCUUAUUUUUUAGCUGCCUUUGAAACAAAGGAGUUAAAGGAAGGAGAUGGAAUGGAAUUUUAAGGGGUUUGGCCUGGUGUGUUUGUUUUUAAGGCAUUGCUCAAAGAUUAUAUACCAAAAGUGAAACUUCUUGUUUUAAUAUUUUUAUUCAAACUUCCCAACGUGGGGGAGUCAGAAUUGCUCUAAUAUUAGGAUAUAUAACAAGUCUGUUUGUUGGAGACCCAGUGCUCAUACACACAUGGCUUGUGUAUUUAUCUAGUGUAUUGAGAGUUCACACCUUUACUUUGCCUCAUGCCUACUACCCUCCCUGGAUUUCACAGUUUUUAAAGUUAGUGUAUCUCACCUGAUGCAGUCUCUCUAAUUUUAACGAUACAUUCUAAUAUGCUUUCAGCAGCACAUGAUGAAAACUUCAAAUCCAGUUAUUUUUUUUAGUCCCCUAAUAUUUUUCUGUGGAGCGGCAGUUCUUAGUAUAUUUUUAUUGUGAAAAAGAACUACUGAAACUUAGGUAAAGGAAGAAGUCUAAAUAGAGCUACUUUCCAGGCUUCAGUGCUUUAGGGAGAGAGGAACAGAGUGAGGCUAAUACCAUUCAAGACAAAAGAACCCUCUUCCCCUCUGUUUCCUCCUUAUGGAAGGAAGACUGACCAGAGUAGACCUUACUUUCUUAGGUCUUCCAGAUACCAGCUAUUUCCAAUAUCAACCUCCAAGAUGAUACCAGGGAAAUACACUGCUGUGGAGUGUGACUUCAUGCUUUUAGAUAUUUAGAAAGAAAAAUAGAGAGAAAUUAGGUACGUUGUUGAGGCUUAUAAUCCUCAAACUUUGUAUUUUAUACAUUUAGCCAAUAAGGAACAAGUAUCUGGGGAAAUAAAUUUAGGCUCAGUAUUUAUCUUUUAAUGUUUUAUUACCUGCUUCUCUUGUGCUUUAGUUUGAAUAUUUGGGCUUUUGGACCUGAUUUCCUUGUAACCUCAAUUUAUAAAGCUGUGAGGAGGAGCAUAUUCUGAUUUCACUCUUCUAGUAACAGGAAUCAGGCAAAAGUAAAUUAUGCUAGAUUUUUCAAAUGGGCUCUUUUCUACUCUGUAGGUGUUUUGUGUUGUAAAGACCUUAUUGAGGUCAGGUAAAUUGGUCUGCUUGCUGUUGAAAUUUGCCUUCUAGCAAACAUCUGUGCUUUCUCUUUGACCUUGUGUUUGCUGCCAAAGCUUAACAUGGUUGAAUUGGAAAAAAAAAAAAAAAAAAAAAAAAAGAAAGAAAGAAGUGUAUUUCCUCACUAAGUGAAUACAUUCUAAUGCUGCAUCAAAGCUGCCCUGAAGCUGCACUGAACUUCUCUCGUUCUCUUUAUCUGUGUUGAGCUUUUUUUAAAAAACAAAAAACAAAAAACAAAACGAAACUCAAAGCACUGUUGAGUCCUAUACGAUCUCCCAUAAGAAAUGUAGCAUAGUGUGGAAUCUUAAUUUCUCUCCGGUUUCAAGCACUACAGAGGAAUGCAAUAGAUAAGACAUAUUUGCUGUUUAACUAAAGCAACUGUAAUAUUGGAAGACCAGUCCUUCUGUAUUAUAUUGUAUAAUAGUUGCUAUAACACUACUUGCAUGUCUUCAUGGUAAAUGAUAUAAAUAUUUAUAAAUAUAUAGAGAACCAUAUGCUUAUAUAAACUCAUUCUUUCUCAUUCUCCAUUUGUAAUUUCAAGAUCACAGAUCGUGAAAUUCCUUUCUAUUGUGUGCCUCGUGUACACUUGGGCCUUGCCUGUCUUCAUUUUCUGAAAAUACGUUCUUGGCAUGGGACAUUUCAGAUUCUUCUUGCCUUCUUUGUGUAAUAAUGCAAGGGUUGGCAGCCUUCGAGCCAAGAUAGGUUAUUUAAUUUUCACUUUUAAAAGAUUUUAAUAGGGGAAAAAAUUACCGGGACAUGCUUGUAAUACUCGUUCAAAGAUUUGUCAUGUUAAUCACAUAAUUCUGUCCUUAUGGUUAAAGGGGAUAAACUGGAAUGAUAAUCAUGGGUCUGACAUAAAUUGAUUUUUUUUAAUGUCUUAAAAUUGCCAUUCUUCAUUCCUCUUUUCAUCUCACAAUUUUUUUGGGUGGUGGGGGAGUGGAGUAAGGAAUUAUCUACAAUUCCUUAAUUAUCUACAAUUAAGGAAUUAUCUUUUUUCUGUUGUAUUAGUUAAAUUGUGCUAAGGGUAGCCAGCUUUAAAUCCUGACCCCUGUCAUCUGAAAUGUGCCAGUCAUUGGGAAAGCUGAUGAGGCUGCAGUUAUGGUGUGUGUGUUGUUUUUAACUGGUGUUUCUCUUCUAGCGGUCAAAACAGACAGUGAUGGCAACAUGGUGAUUGGAUGUUUUCUCUCUAUGGUUUCUUAAUUUUCUCCCAGCUUUUCUACUGUGUUGCCCCCUUUUCUAAAUGGCCCCGACGAACUCCAGAUCCAGAGAGAAAUAGCCUCAGCGUAUAAGAAUAUGUUAUUUUGCAUGUAGAGGAAAGAGUUAACCAAAGAUGUUCUGCUCUGAUACUUUCAAAAGAAAACAGACUAGUUAUUGCUUAAGUAUCAAUAGGUCCACCUAAAAGGACUAGCUGAUACAGCGAUUUACUUCAUGGUUUUUAAAAGCAUAGUUUGUGCUUUUAGAAAUGUUAGAGGUCUCAGGCUAAAAAGAGAAGUUGGCAGCCCUGAGCAAAGCAUUUUUGGCCCAAGGAUUCUUGUUUUUGUUUUAUUUUAAGGUUAUGGUAUGGAGAAUGGGUUGGUUAUUUGUUGUUGUUUUAGUUCCUUCUUUUUUAUUUAUUUUGGUGUGUGUGUGUUUUUUUUUUUUUUUAGUGUUGGCAUAUUUCAGAUCUCAGUGACAAACACAGAUCAAGCAAUUUUAAAUCAGUUUGGUUAUUCUACCUAAGGAACAUGGCCGUUAAUUAAAAGUCCAGCCAAACUAUACUAAACACGUAUGGGGCAAAAGUUAAAAUUCUGUUUUGAAAAUCAAGUGCCUCCUGGUUUCUCUUCUCACAACAAAAUGGCAAACCCUAGUCACACUUGCCCUUACACCGUCAUGUCUAGUCUCUGGAAUUAUGUGUGGAGCAGAAAAUGGAUUAGCACUAGCUCAUUCCCUGUAGGUAGCAUUCUUCUUACAUUAUGCUGCCAAAUCUCCAGGGUGUACAGACUGUUUGAAAUAUUAAAGUUUCACCUGAGAAUCUUUUGCGCAGCAUAAAGGUAUUUAACUUUAAUGUAUAGUGAACAAAGGAAAAUUGGAUCAUAUCAGGCGUAAGCUUAAAGCACAGCAUAUAAACAUCUUUGAAUGGUAAGUCUCAGGCAGGUGCCCUUAUUCCCAACUUGGUAUGCAAGCUGGCCUUGCUGACCAAGGGCACCAUCAUAUUUACUGUUUCUUAAGUUGCAUGUUGUGAAGGGAAUGUUUUUUGUAAAAGUUGCCAAGUCAGUCCAGUUCUAAAUAAGUAGCAAAAUGGUCAUUGAUACCACUGUUGUCAUUAUCCACUUUGUAUUAUUUGCUUUAAAAUACUAAGCAAAUCUGAGCUGCUUCCUGAUUCAGUGGACUAGUUGUGCAGUAUCUCUUUCUUUUCAGCUCCCAGCCACUAGGGGAACUUGAAGUUCUUUGGUCAUCAUCAGAGAUUCCUUCCAGGCUACAGAUUUUUAUGCAAAUAUUUCUAUGGUUGCAUUCAAUCUACAAGGAAAAAGUGUACAUUGGUGCAUGUUUGAUAAACCCACACGCAGAUAGUUAAAACUAUAAUUAGUUUUUCUAUACCCCAUAGUUUUGAAUUAAAAACAGAUGCUUUUCCCCCAGAGGGUUCUUUGUUCUAGGAACUACAUUCUGAAUCUAACAUUAGGAAUUGGUGAAAGGAGAAACAGGAUUGGGAAUUCAGAAUUUAGUGACUUAGGGAAAAAAAUGCAUCUUAUUCUGGCUAUUUGAAAAUAUAUUUAUUUGUAGAUAAGUCUAGAUUUAGUCUUGGGAGAUCAAAGUUUUUUACAUUUUAAAACUUUUUUCAUUCCCUUAGAUCUAUCCAAACAUGUCAUAUGUUAGCGAACCAUUUCUUCUCUCGUGUUCAUGUAUUUUGGAAUUAACUUGUUUGCAUUCACUCUUUUAUAUUCUGCCCAUUUCUGUUUAUGUGCAUUUACCACAGAUGUUUUGGGACGUUGCCUAAACGGAGACAUAUUUUGGCACGUGUAUCACUGAGGAGAUAGAAUGGUUGAUAACAGUGGCAUUGUUUAACUUUCUUGAGUUUGGGUCUGUACAGUUUAUUUGCAGAAGAGCUACUCAUCUAUGUUUUAACACAAAAAGUAUUACAGGAUUGAGGCACGUAACCACAGUGGUAGUCGUCAUAUGUCAAUAUUUACCCAAGUUCUGAAUCCAGAGGUGCAGAUUUAGACCUUAACUUACAGAAGGGAACAUGCAGCAGCUGCAGUCCUCAGACUGUAUGGGAGGAUGUGGUGCACAGAAAAUGCCAGGUGCUUUUUAGGACAUCCUGCUUCCCUGUCCUCAUCCGAUAGAACUCUGGUGUGCACCUCGAGGAUGUGGGAGGAAUGUGGAAACGUCGCACCAUUAGAUUUCUCAAUAGUGUGGCUAUCCCUUUGGAAUUAGGAGAAAGUGAACCCAGAUAGUCGUGGGAGCCUGCAGAAUCUGCUGUCAGCAGUGCAAUGGAGAACUGCAGGAGGUAUACGGGAAUUCCUGUAGUUUUUAAGUGACUCCGGGACAAGGGACAAGGAUCCCUAUUAAUUUAAAGGAGAAUUUGGAUGCUGCACACCUCAGUCCCUGAGAAAUUCCUGGCUGGACAUGAAAUGAUGACAUUAGCGUCCUGGCCCAUCACUACAUUGCCUAAUUGAGUUGUGAUUAUCUGCUCUGACUUUUAAAAUGUAAGUUUGAUGUUUAAUUAUUCCCCUUGAGCAAAUUUGGAUCAGAAAAUGGAAAUGUGUGACAAGAUCAAGAUCACUUUGUGGUUAUUAUACACAAUCUUCAAAAAAGGGAAUAGCCAACAAGUAACAUUUAGUAAUAAUUUGAAUACUUCUUACGCUUUGCUGGAUCUUUGGUUUUAAGGAGACAUGUAAAACAAGUGAAGCCUUUUCCUUCAUUACCCUGUGAAACUUUCACAGAGCCUGCCUCUUCAAUUGGCAGUGACAGUAUGGGCAUAGUAUGUAUCACUGGUGAUGCUGACGCGUCUCUUAGAUACUCUGGGCCAGUGGUUCUGGGUUCCUUGACCUACAGAAUAGGAUUCCAUAGGCAAAUCUUUGAGCCCAUGUGACUAUAGAAUUUGCCAAUGACAUCAUUUUACACACUAAUGAUAGAUAGGAAUUUUACCUCUUUUCAGUAGUUUAAUACCGUUUCAUAUUGUGUACAAAAAUGUUCACUCACCCAGCUAAAAACAUUGAGUAAACCCAAGGUUUUAAUAUAGACUGUCCUUGCCAUAUGAUACUUUCUCCCCACCUUAUAAUACACAUUUUUAAAUCCUUCAAAAUUCAUUCACAGCACUUCACCAUAUUUGGAGUCUGGGUAUUCUUCACUCACCCGUAAGAGAUAAACAAGGCUACUAGAGCUUGAAUGUGAUUUAUUUUAGGGAGUAAAAUUCUUGCCAUCUUUCCCAGGAAAGGAAAGCCCGUAGGACUUUUCAAAACGAUUUUCUUUUUAAAUGACUCACAAGAUAGGUAAGUUAGUUCACUAAGGUAAAAAGCAUUCAGAAAUAGUUAGGGAGAUCACAACACUGUGCCACCUGCAGCUCUGAAAUUGGAUUGAGUGAAUUGAACAAAGAAGAGAACAGAUCAGAGAACCCACGUGGAGUCCAUGCACUCCCUCCCUCCUGCACAGUUCUUGGUCCCCCUCCUGACUCCAUUCCUAAAAUUGCCAGUGUCGAUUUCAUUGGGCCAUUUGUUUACAAGUUUAACAGUUUUGGGGAAAAAAGAGGGAGGGGGAAACAUCUAGUUUUGACUAGAUAUAAUUCUUGAAAGUUAUGAACUCUUGGCAACUGUUAUAUCAGAUUGAACCACAAACUAGAAGAAUUUUCUUGUCAAGCAAGACCAGUAAGGUAGAAUAGAAGACUUUAAUAAUCCCACAGUUUUCUCCCUUUCUCCUCCUCUUCGUGAAAUCAGAGUGAUGAGAAGUUGCUCUUUGAAAUACCUCCAAAGGUAUUGUAUUGACCUUUUCCCUCCAAGCAGCCCUCUUUAUGCAUUUUUGCUCAGGCAACCAAGGACAUAAGAGUAUUGGCAGAAACACGGAGUGCUUUUGUAUAGGCCAUCUGUACAUAAAAGUGUAAUUAUUUAUUUAAUUUUCCCAUUUGUAUCAUAUUAAAGCUUUGUACAGUGUUUUAAGUUCUGUUUUAAAAUUAUUUUGUAUUUUAUUUUUAUAAUCUAGUAAUAAAAUAUUCAUUCCGCAUGCAAACUCUA